AUGUACGUGCACCACCUCAUCGGGGAUUAUCCGAGCGAUCGCUUGCUUUCACUUAGGUAUCACUCACUGGUGUACACUGUUUUGCCAGUUAUCGACGAGGCGAGCACCAUAUCCUGCCUGUCGGAUUUUACUCUUUCGCAUGGUCGCACUGGUAUCCUGUGCAUCGCUCAUUUGAUGGAGAGCUUGAUUGUUUAUCCAGUCGCAAAGAGAUAUGCCAAGCAUCCGUCGUUCCAUCGCUUUUUCCGUUACAGCCUGCACUCAGCCUUCAACGGCAAUCGUAUUAAAGUAAGCUGUAUAGCAAUGGGUAGUCGUGACAAAUCGUUAAGUGUAUGGUUGCUGCCAAAUGUGGAUCGGCCAUUGGUCGCUCUUUACAAACUCUUUAAACAUUCUAUACUGGAUUUUUCUUGGAAUGACUAUCAUUUAACAAUUUGUUCAAUGGAUGGAACAAUAAAAUCUAUUGUUUUCGAUGCUAAAGAAUUAGGCAGGUUAUUAUCGCCUUCGGAAAUGGUAAUUUUUUAA